AUGAGCAAAGGCCGCCCAGAUAUGAGAAUGGAGAUGCCAGAUGAAUUCUACAUCCCCAUUCCUCUGGAAACCACUAACAUUUCCUCCGUCAGCCCAUUCCUGGUACCCCAGAUACAUCUAGGUACCCCCGGCGUAUUCAUGAGCAUGUCGGCAUUCAUGUUAUUCACCAUCAUCUUUGGCUUUCCCCUCAACAUUCUAACCGUCGUCUGCACCGCCAAGUACAAGAAGCUGCGUUCCCACCUUAACUACAUCCUGGUAAAUCUGGCUAUUGCCAACCUUGUAGUGAUCUGUUUCGGCUCCACCACUGCCUUUUACAGCUUCUCUCAAAUGUACUUCUCUCUGGGCACGUUGGCAUGCAAGUUGGAAGGUUUCACAGCCACAUUAGGAGGAAUGGUCAGCCUGUGGUCUCUGGCUGUUGUGGCCUUUGAGAGGUUCCUGGUGAUCUGCAAACCCAUGGGCAGCUUCACAUUCAGAGAGACCCACGCCAUUGUCGGCUGUGUCUUCACCUGGGUGAUUGGGUUAAUGGCAGCUACUCCCCCAUUGCUGGGCUGGAGCAGGUACAUCCCGGAAGGUCUGCAGUGUUCCUGCGGCCCAGACUGGUACACGGUGAACAACAAGUGGAACAAUGAGUCCUAUGUACUUUUCAUGUUCUGCUUCUGCUUUGGGUUUCCUCUGUCGGUCAUUGUGUUCUCCUAUGGUCGCCUGCUCCUUACUCUCCAUGCCGUCGCCAAACAGCAGGAGCAGUCAGCCACCACACAGAAGGCGGAGCGCGAGGUGACCAGGAUGGUGAUUGUAAUGGUCUCUGGAUUCCUAGUGUGCUGGCUCCCAUACGCCUCCUUCGCUCUGUGGGCUGUAACCCAUCGCGGAGAAACAUUUGACUUGCGCAUGGCCUCCAUCCCUUCUGUAUUUUCAAAGGCCUCCACUGUAUACAACCCAUUUAUUUACAUCUUCAUGAACAGACAGUUCCGAUCUUGCAUGAUGAAGCUGAUCUUCUGUGGAAAGAAUCCACUAGGUGAUGAUGAUGAUACAUCCGCCUCUGGGUCUACCCAGGUGUCUUCGGUGUCCAGCACUCAAGUGGCUCCAGCGUAACACCAGCCACGCCCGGCCUCUGUUCUGCCACGUCUGCCGCCACGGCUGUGUGCCCUAAAAAGUUUCCAGGUGACAACGCUAUCCUCCAAGAACCCACACGCAGUAAUCCCAUAACCUCCAUGCAAAUAAGAAAUUCGACUCGGCCACGUACACCUGACAUCAUCAGGAGUCACUUAAUCAUUUCCUCAAUCGAUAGCAACCGUGGGACCCCAUCACAGGCCACGGGAGGGUAUACAAAUUUCACAGUGUCAAGUACGAUUUAGAAACUUUUCAUUGUUUUUGAUGCUUAAUGCUCUGCAAGAGUCCCAAUAACUUCAAGCCCCUUACUACCAGGACAUGUGUUACAUCUGCAGCCUGUUUAUGAUAAUCUUUUUUCUUUUCUUUUAAGUUUCCCAAAGUGAAGUUUGUGUUCAAGCUAAAUAUAAGAUUCAUUUUCUUUCUUUUUCUGAAAGCAGUAUGGGAAGUGGAUUCAGGAGACACUGGGACGUAAUAAUUAGACCAUUGUAAUAAUUUACUUGUAGUGCAUUAUUUUAUUUCUUCUUGCUAACUGUAAGAUACCCACCCUGUGUUACAGUACCUUGUUCCUACUAUAUUGGAGAUUGUGUAUUCAGAUGCUUUGCUUCCUGCCCCUGCCCCCCCCCCCCCCCCCCCAUAUUAAAAUAUACUCAUAUCCAAGUAUAAUUAUUGAUGUAAUAAUUAAACAAUAUGACAUUCUAUAGCUGAUACCUGGGUGGGACUUGAAAAAUGCUUCUCUAUUGAACACGUCUUUGAAGUGCUAAAUAGUCUUAUAGGCCCUACACACUGGCCAAUAGUACUGAAAGAUAUGAACGAUUUCGUUAAUUAAUGAACGAGAUACCGUUCAUAUCUUUCAGUGUGGAGGAACCAGCGAUGAACGAUGCGCGGCCCCGCGCUCGUUCAUCGCUGGUGCCCCGUCGCUUGUGCAUGCAGGCCAAUAUGGAUGAUCUCGUCCAUAUUUACCUGCACUUCAAUGCAGCCGGGUGAUGGGGGGGAGUGAAGAAACUUCCCUGCUUCCCCACCGCCAGGUCGCCCAUCAGCCGUAUCUGCUGUCGGGCAGCUCGGCGGCGGAUCGCAUAGUGUGCAGGGCCCAUUAGUUUAUAUUGCAAAGUGCAGGGGUUAAAGUGGGGGGGGGGGAACGAGGUGGAACUGAGUUCCACCACCUGUAAUGGUAGGGGAAACUAGUUGCACCAUCUCCAUUGCCCUGCACAGUAAUUCCAACAGAAAAGCCUGCCCCAUCAUCUGCGUCAAUCGAUGAUACAGGCCGCACUAAAGUUGCUGAUGAGCUGCAGCCACCUACUCCUUCCUCAGGUCCUGAUGCCACCACCUCACCAGGACCACUUUAAGCCCUGGCAAAGUGAACUGAAUAAAGGGGAAAUGUAUCAAGAAUUUGAUAGAAAGAAAGUGAUGUUGGUCCAUAGCAACCAAUAGUAUCUAGAUGCUGUACACAGGCUGUAUCACAACUGCAACUUGGUUUAUUAAGACACAAAUAAACACUCCUAGUACAAAAGUAAUAUAA